UCAAACAGGAGAUUUCCACUUUGUUUCAUCAUCACAAAAUGCUUUCGCUUCCAUAAAUCUUUUUACGAGUAAUGACAAAUCGAACAACAGACAAAUGAAGCCCACAGAGAUCCAUCAUCAAACUGAAGGCCGCCAUUUUCAUCUCGCAAGAACCUAACACACAAAAACCACAGAUCUCCAUUUUUUAGAGAGGACAAACUAAACAAAAAAUGGGGAAGGCCGGAAAAUGGCUCAAGAAUUUCCUCUCCGGAAAGAAAUUCGACAAAGAGAAUUCCCAAAUCACAAAUCAGAUAUCUUCCGUUUCGUCUGAAAAUACAACCACUCCGGUUUCCACUCCCAAAGAGAAGAAACGAUGGAGUUUCCGGCGACCAUCUCCGACCAAGGAUGUGAAUCCGCCGGAGUCGAAUGUUCCUGUCCCUGCAACACCACCGGCCACCACCACGUUUGACAUGGAAAAGGAACAGGAAAAACACGCAAUGGCGGUGGCAGCUGCGACGGCGGCGGCUGUGGCAGCUGCACAAGCUGCCGCUGCUGUGAUUCGUUUGACUGCAUCGUCGAAUGGGAAAGUUAAUGCGAUUGAAGAAGCUGCUGCGAUUAAAAUCCAAUCUGUUUUCAGAUCUUAUCUGGCGAGGAAGGCUCUCUGUGCUUUGAAAGGAUUGGUGAAAUUACAAGCAAUGGUGAGAGGCCAUUUGGUGAGACAAAGAGCCACCGAAACUCUGCGAUGCAUGCAAGCGUUAGUGACGGCGCAGGCCAGAGCUCGAACACAGAGGAUUAAAUUGGCGGAAGAUUCAAAGCCCACUGCCUAUCAAUGGCACUCAUCCCACAGAAAAUCCUUCCAAGAAAGUCGAAUAAGACAACCCCAUCAAGAGAUCGACAGAGAAAUGGAAGAGAACAUAAAGAUCGUAGAGAUGGAUUUAGGCGGAAGCCUUAAGAAUCGAAAUAGCUACAGCCAUUACGCCUAUUCGAAUCAAGAAAACUACCGUCUCUCACCGGCGCCGUCCGCGAUGACUGACAUGAGCCCGAGAACAUACAGCGGCCAUUUUGAAGAUUAUGCUUAUGCAACAGCUCAAAGUAGCCCACAAUGCUUCUCCGCCAUGGCCAAAUCGGACCAGAAUCGACUCCCAUUCGAAUUUCCCAGAUCGGAAUAUGCAGAAUCUUUGUCUUACGAUUACCCAUUGUUCCCAAAUUACAUGGCGAACACGGAAUCGUCGAAGGCGAAAGCGCGGUCGCAGAGUGCCCCAAAAGCUCGGCCGGAGUCGUUUGAGAGACAGCCGAGCCGCAGACGGGCAUCGGUGGAGGGGAGGAACAUUCCGAGGGCAGUGAGAAUGCAGCGGUCGUCGUCACAUUUGAGCUCUGCAGCUCAAAACUACGGUUACCCUCCGUGGCCGAUGAAGCUUGAUCGGUCGACGGUAUCGCUCAAGGACAGUGAAUGUGGGUCGACAUGCUCGGUGCUUACAAAUUCGAAUUAUUGUCGAUCCAUCGCAUCACAUGAAGUUUAUGGAAACAGGUACUAACAAAGAUGACGAAGAAAUUGAAAACAACAACAAUAAAAUAAACUAGAGGAAAGCUCCCCAAAUUUCUGACCUUUCUUUGAUUCUUUUUUUUUUUUUUUUUUUUUGGCUUUGUGUGUGUGUGUGUGUGUGUUUUGUUUUAGAUCUUCAAGUACACUUCUCAAUGUACUGUAAUUAUAAUUUGUAAUAGUUUUGUAAGUUCAAUGGAAUUGGUUGUAUCCUUUUUGUUUAUAGAACUAAAAA